GCAUUAUCAUAAUUGAGAACAAAAAAAUAUUUAGUGUCUUUCUGUUCUUCACUUUGUUAUUGUUUGAGGAAAAUCUUCUUUUAUUGGAUUAAAAUUGUAAUUUUUCAGCCAUUCUACUGAAAUAUUGGACAAGUUUUAGAGUCAUUCAAAAAAAAAGAAGGAAAAAAAGAUCUUGACUUUAAAUAUUAUUUUAAUGGUUUUUGUACAGUUCUUGAUUUUGAUAUGGUUUCUUGGAUAGUUGUUAUCUUGCUUGUUGAUUGGUAUUCUUGUUCUUUACUCCUCUAACUGCCCGUCGUUAUCAUCUUUAUUUUAUUUGUAUUGUUUAAUUUAGUGCUUUCAGAACCCAUCCCCAAUCCUUUUGAGUUGUUUGUUUUUUAUGAUUAUUUAUUUUCACACUCCUGUGUUGCGUUUGAUCUGUGCAAGCAGAAUUCACAAGGAAGAAUGGCUAAUUGCCAGUAGUUUGGGCUGCUAGCACAAAAAGAGGAAGAUUUGUCUAUAUGAGAUUUCGGCUGUUCAGUACACAGUAAGGGUGGUGUUUGGUCUUUCAAUGGCGGAAUGUAUUGGGCCUCGACUGUACAGUUGCUACAAUUGCGGAAACCAUGUUUCCCUUCACGACGACAUCAUUUCAAAAGCUUUCCAGGGGAGAAAUGGCCGAGCCUUUCUGUUUGCCCAUGCAAUGAACAUAGAUAUAGGGCCGAAAGAAGACAGGCAGCUCAUGACCGGAUUGCACACAGUUGCUGAUGUUUACUGUUGUGAUUGCCGUGAAGUGUUGGGUUGGAAGUAUGAAAGAGCUUAUGAGGAAACACAAAAGUACAAAGAAGGGAAGUACAUACUUGAGAAGUCAAAGAUUGUUAAGGAAAACUGGUAGCUUCCACGACUUGAUGUUGGUAAAACUUGCAAAUUCCAAGUUCCUGGUUCUUUGGUGAUGUAGGUGUGUUUAUGCAUUCAUCAGUUCGUUUUGUACAUAAAUCCUCAUCGAUUGAAAGAUUUAGUCGUUGAUGAUUGUUCACUGUUGUUGCCAUGCCAUGUCUGGAAAUUGUGUAGUGGACUGUGGAGACUUUAUCAAUUUCGCUGUGAAUAAAAUUGUGUGGCGUUGUUCA